GUCGGGCGCAUGAAGAUCGAGCUGUUCGCGGACGUGGUGCCCAAAACAGCUGAGAACUUCAGGCAGUUCUGUACGGGGGAGUUCAGGAAAGAUGGUGUCCCUAUAGGUUACAAAGGGAGCACUUUCCACAGGGUAAUAAAGGAUUUCAUGAUCCAAGGAGGUGACUUUGUCAAUGGGGAUGGCACAGGAGUAGCCAGUAUAUACAGGGGCCCUUUUGCAGAUGAAAACUUCAAGCUGAAACACUCUGCUCCUGGGCUGCUCUCUAUGGCAAACAGCGGCCCCAGCACCAACGGCUGCCAGUUCUUCAUCACGUGCUCCAAGUGUGACUGGUUGGAUGGAAAACAUGUUGUGUUUGGUAAAAUUGUGGAUGGGCUGCUGGUUAUGAGGAAGAUUGAAAAUGUGCCCACAGGUCCAAAUAACAAGCCCAAGCUGCCAGUUGUCAUCUCUCAGUGUGGGGAAAUGUAG